AUGUCUCACAGUGCACGAACAAAUCCUGCCACAGAGCAGGUCGUGAGCGAGCCACCUCGGACAACUUCCAUGAUGGUCCAGCCUGGAGGGAAAAAUACUGGAGAUCAGAGUCAAGCUGAGAGGCUAAGAGGCGGGGCGGAAUUUGCUGGAUUAUCCCCAUUCCAUGCUGCUGCUGCUAAUGCAAUCGCACUACCCUCCGGGCCAGAUACCAUUUCACGCCAUGCUCUCCGAGCUACACAGCCGUUCUAUACUGGCAUGCACCGUUACGCCCCAUCAACACAUCUGUUAGACCUUCGUAAAUUACGCAGACCAGACCGGAUCAAGGUCAAAUGCAAAGGAAAGGAUGUAAUGAGCAACGAUCGACCGACGGUAUCUCUCAAAAUGAUGCGCAGAAGGGUGACAAUAGUUUGA